AGCGCGUUUCUACUCCGCCCCCUUUCAAAUAAAACCGUCCAUCUGUGGAGUAGUGAACCUAUUCUGGUUACUUCAGCUUAGUUUAGGGGAGUUUGUCUUUCACCCCUGAAGUUUAGCAUAGGAAAAAAUAUAACUACAUUUUAAACGUAAAAAAUGACGGAAGAAGAGGAUAACUGGGAUGAAGAUUUGGAAGAAGACGCCGCGGUAGCAAAUGUCAUCAAAUACUUGAAUAUACAUAAACAACAUUGCUAUUCCGAAGUACGGCCAUCAACUGAAAGAGUGGACUCUGUUCCAUUGCCCUGUGGUCAUCAAAUGCCAGCAGACUAUGUUGUUGCUUGGUUCAAGUAUUAUCUUAAACAGAAAAAUACUGAAUUUUCCUGCCCUGGUUUUAAUGAGGUUCAGAGGAAAACCUGCGGCUCAAAGCUCUCUUAUCAGGGCAUCUGUCAGCUGAUACCACUGACAGACAAACAACGGGAAUACUUAGAGGAGAACCUCGCUGCACUUGUUGCUAGAAGGCUGUUUGACUUUAAAGCUUGUCCAGGAUGUCAGUCUCAUGUGGAAAGACGAGAUCGAAAUAACCUGUGUGUACACUGCACUAUCUGCACGGCCAACUUGAAACGCACUUACUACUUCUGCUGGAACUGCCGGAGGGAAUGGAAGGGCCCGGCCAAUAAUGCUGUGCAGUGUGACAACAAUGGCUGUGGACAGAAAGUGAGAACUUCAGAUCCUCUUAAACCAUGCAAACCUGAGUUUAAAAGGGAAAUCCUUACACGAGAGGGACAAGAUAUUUACCCAAUAAAAGACAAAUCCCCUGACAGAAAACGUCUGGCACUGCUCAUCAACAAUGUCGAGUUUAAAUACAUAGAUGACAGGACUGGGGCAGACAAGGAUGAGCUGAAAAUGGAGAUGCUGCUUAAUGGUCUGGGUUACACUGUGGUGACACUCAGAGACCUCACUGCACAGGGCAUGCUUGCUGCCUUGCGAGACUUUGCCCAGCGAGAGGAACAUGUCAAGUCAGACAGCUGCUUUGUGGUGUUGAUGUCCCAUGGAGAUGCCACUGGAAUCAGUGGAGUUUUCGAUUCCGAAAGCAGUGAUGAUGAAGAUGACAUUUUGCCAGCAGAUGAAAUCUUUAAUUGCUUGAACACUCCAAACUGUGCUGGAUUGCGGGACAAGCCAAAAAUCAUCCUCAUCCAGGCGUGUAGGGGUGAUAGAGAAGGCAGUGUAGAUGUCCAGGAUAGUAAGCCAAGACACAACAGAAGAAAAGAGCACCGUGAAAAAGACUUCUGCUGCCUGAGGUCCUGUACUCCAGACACGGUGUCCUAUAGAAACAAAGAGAAUGGCUCACAUUUCAUCCAAGACAUUGUGGAAAUAUUUAAUAAGCAUGCCUGCCAGGACCACAUCGAGGAGCUCUUCAGAAAGGUCCUUAAGCAGUUUAAGGAGAAACAUCGAGAUCAGAUGCCAUGCAAAGAAAGAACAACGUUAUCUAAAAGAUUCUACCUCUUCCCAGGGUUGUAAAACAUGAUGUGUGCAACUUUAUCAUGUUUGGAGAAAACAUGGGACAUUUAAAUCAUGUUUGCAUGUUCAUAUAAUUCAUGAGCAUGAUAAACAGAUUUAGCUUGCUGUCUAUCACCCCCAGAAAUAAACUAUAAGUAAAUUAUAGUUUAAUUCACAGAGGUCCUGACUCUCCUAGGAUGUCCUUCGAAAAGAGUAGGGGUGUAACCCCGACAUCCUGGCCAUUGGUGGCGGUUGAGGAGAUUCCCCCUUCCAAAUGUAAAGUGCUUUGAGUGCCCAGAAAAGCGCUAUAUAAAUGUAAGGAAUUAUUAUUAUUAUUAUUAUUAUUAUUAUUAAAUUCUUAUAUUUUACACAAAUCUAUAUAUAUUUCUCUACAAUUUACUUGAAAAAAAAAAGUGGGACACUGAUAUUGAAAUAUUAUGUAUAAAAUAUAAAAUAUUAUGACCAUUAAGAAAAUCAAGAAAGUAAGCAACUGGAUGUAUUUUAUUGUGAACAUACUGUAUUUACCUAAUUUUAUGUAAUUGUUCAUUUUAAAUUGCACAUGAAUGCAUUUGGAAAUGUUUAUAAUCAUUUAUAAUGACCUGUUAGUUUGCUAAAUCUGAUGACCUGGAUUGCAUAUUUAAUUUCUUGUAAUUGCUCAGCUAUAAAAUUGGAUUUCCUGUAUUUGAAAACAGAAACCAGCAACACUGUGAUCUCUGAGAUUUAUGUGUGUUAUCUGUCUUUGGAUUUAUUUUACAUGGGUGGAAUGAGACAUUGAGGGUUAGAUAUCCUAUGCUUUAGGUAAACAAUAACCUCAGUCUUUCUCAAAGCAUAAGAUGCACAUGAAUAAAGGCUUUGUCUCAACUCACUAAA